AUGGGGUCUACUACCACUACGACAGAGACUAGCACAAAGAGAAGGGGCCGUGUAGUUGCAGAAGCGCCUACCAGGAUUAUGCCAGCCAGAAAGGCAAAAUCACAAUCAAAAUCACCGACAAAACUCACGUCGCAGGGGUCGGGAUCACAGGGAAGGAAACGCCGAAAGACAUCGGACGACACAGCAAAUUCAAAGCAACGCCGAACCGCACGGGCCAGCCAAGUAGAAGCCGAGUAUGUGCCGUCUGUAAAUGAUCUGAUCAGCGACAUCCCAAGAGAUGAAAAUUUUACAAUUGACACAUUGCUGCCGGAACUUGCUACGUCAUACGUCGGUCGAUUCAAAUCACCGGCCGCACCAGCACGGGCGAAAAGGAAGCCAUGGCCACGACAAUCCAGUCCCCUGAUAGAUCCCGAGAAAUUGCCUCCUGGUUGGAGUAUGGCUGAACCGGACCUUGACCGACAUGAUAUCGACGCACAGAUUGAAAGAUGCCACGUGAGAAUCAAAGAGAAUAUCAUGCCGCACGUCUUUUCACACCGGCUAAAGGGAUUGGAAAUUUCUCAAGCCAAGCAAAUUGCAUUAGCCGAAUCGGAACCUGGAAACCAUAGCUUGGAUGUCCUCAAACGCUUGGAAGUUUUGAGGAACAUUGAAUAUCAGCUACAAAGCUCGGACAAAUUCAAUCAGCUCCCUAAUGUCAUAGCAUUGCUGCAGGCCUAUCGUGGAGGAUUGCUUCAUUGGAACAUAGGAUUGGUCACUUAUUGGUUUGAAGGUGUGCAACUGUGUGAGCCACGGCCGUUCAGUUGGGACGAAUUCGAGAUGCUCAAUACCCACCACUCCGGUAAACGUGGAUUUUGGAUGGAAGGAGUGAGUUGCCCCUGA